GGUCGGGCCAUUGACUUUGACGUCUGGAUAGAUGACCUGCAGCUUUUCUUACAGUGCGAUAGGGCAGACGGCCUCUCCCUCUUUGACCUCACUUCUGGUGCCUCUCCUGCCCCCACUGCUGAUGCUGACGCCACUGUUCGCUCACAGUGGGCCACGCGCGAUGCUGCUGCACGUCUUGCUGUGCGUCGCCACCUGCCUACCUCUGAGCGUGCGCACUUUAGCCAGUACAAGAGUGCUCACACCUUGUACGACGCUGUAGUUGCGCGCUACUCCUCCCCUGCCACUGCUGCACUGAGCCGCCUCAUGCUACCGUACCUCUUCCCUGACCUUGCUGCCUUUCCCACAGUCGCUGACCUCAUUACGCACCUCCGCACUAGUGACACUCGCUACCACGCUGCGCUUCCUGCUGAGUUCUGCGCCAAGAACCCCCCCCCCCCCAUGUACAUCACCCUCUACUACAUAGUCACCCGUCUCCCUGACUCCCUUCGCGUAGUCAAGGACCACUUCCUCUCAGUUUGCCCCACCACUCUCACCGUUGACCUCCUCGAGAAGGCCCUCUUAGCAGCAGAAAAGAGCAUAGUGGCUGUAGGAGCCUCUCGUGGUGACCCUCGCACCCCCAUCUUUGAGGGGUGUUCCCCCUCCCCUCUUUUGCCCUCUGUUGCCUCUGCUGCUGCGGCCGACCUCGUUGGUCUCGAGUCGGUCGGCGCUGCGUCUGCCCCGAGCGGGAGACGCCGCACCGGCAAGGGCAAGGGGGGCAAGGGUGCUGGAGGGGCUGGCGGGGGUGGCAGAGGUAGCGGUGGCGGCAGUGGAGGGGGUGGGGGUGGUGGUGGGAGUGGUGGCGGGGGUGGAGGUGUCGGCGGCGGCAGUGGAGGCAGCGGCGGCGGCGGCGGUGGCGGUGGGAGCGGAGGUGGCGGAGGUGGCGGCGGUGGAGGAGGCGGCGGCGGAGGAGGUGGAGCUGGUCGGGGUGGCGCUGGGCAGAGGGUCGGCUCCGGUGGUGGUCAGCGCCAGCAGCAGCAGCAGCAGCGGCAGCAGCGCACUCGUGACACCCCCCCCCCUCAGCAGCUCCGUGAGUGGUACGCUGCACGCCAGCGGAGUGGGGGUACUGGUCCGUGCACCUACGUCCUACGCACCGGCGACCGCGCGGGUGAGCAGUGCGGGGGUGCGCACUCCACCCAGCGCUGCUUUGGCCGCCUGACGGACGCUUGGUGUCACCAGUUCCCUGAGGCCACUGAGAUCCCCCGCUGGGGCGAGCUGUCUAGGGCGGGUGUAGCUGUCUUUGACCUUGACUUUGAUGCUAUUCUUGCUGCCAUGUAUGCUGUGACUAUUAGUGAUGAGGGUGACUGUUACCGGUGUUUUCCGCCCGACCCGGGCAUUGAGACUGCUGCUCUAGGUACUGGUGAGGCUGCUGCUCUAGGUGCUAGCGAGGCUGCUGCUCUAGGUGCUCGUGCGUCUGCUCACUCAGGUGCUGGUGAGUCUGCUCUCUCAGGUACUGCGUCGGCUUCGGCCUCCCACACCUUCACCCUUGACUCGGGGGCUUCUCGCUCCUUCUUUCGAGACCGCACCACACUCACGCCGCUUGGCCGGCCAGUUGCAGUCUCUCUGGCAGACCCCUCUGGGGGUCCUGUCCUUGCUCACUUCUCCACUGUCCUCCCGUGUCCGGCGGCCCCCUCUGGCACCCUGUCUGGUCUUUACCUCCCCUCGUUCUCUACGAACUUGGUGAGUGGUGCUGACCUACAGGAUGCGGGGGUUCACCAGUUCACUCCUGCGAGUCAGCGGGUGACCCACUGCACGGACGCUCGGACAGGCCGACACCUGGCCACGUUUACACGUCGGCCGGGGUCGAGCCUGUACACACUGACCACUGCGUCUCCUCCAGUCACUGCGUCUGGUCAGGUAGCUGCGUCGGGUCAGGUGUUUGCUGCAGCGUCCAGGUCUGGUCCUGAGUCUGCCCCCUGUUCGUGUCGCCUCCUGUCGCACGAGACUCUCCUCUGGCACCACCGCCUUGGUCACCCCUCCCUGCUUCGUCUCCGAGGCAUGGCCUCCCGUGUCCUUGUCUCUGGUCUUCCCCGGUCCCUCCCUCCCCUUCCUCCGGGGCCAGGCCCUACCUGCGUCCCUUGUACGCUUCACAUGGACGUGUGGGGCCCGGCUCGCGUCCGUGGACAGGGUCACGAGCGCUACUUCCUGCUGGUGGUUGACGACUACUCGCGUUACACCACAGUCUUCCCCUUGCGCAGCAAGGGUGAUGUCACUGAGGUGUUGAUCGACUGGAUCCGCGCAGCUCGUCUCCAGCUCAGGCAGAGCUUCGGCUCGGACUUUCCUGUUCUGCGUCUGCACUCUGACAGAGGUGGAGAGUUCUCCUCUGGCCUUCUGCGAGCCUACUGUCGUGCACGAGGCAUCCGCCAGACCUUCACGCUUCCGGACUCUCCACAGCAAAAUGGGAUUGCUGAGCGCCGCAUUGGCAUGGUCAUGGACGUCGCCCGUACGUCCAUGAUGCAUGCGGCUGCCCCCCAUUUUCUGUGGCCGUUUGCGGUUCGGUACGCGGCGCAUCAGAUCAACCUUCACCCCAGGGUCUCCAUGCCGGAGACCUCCCCAGCUUUGCUGUGGACGGGGAAGGUUGGCGAUGCGUCUGCGUUCCGUGUCUGGGGAUCUCGGGCGUUUGUCCGCGACUUGUCUGCGGACAAGCUGUCCCCUCGUGCUGCUCCUUGCGUCUUCCUUGGCUUCCCCCCUGACGCGCCAGGGUGGCAGUUCUACCACCCCACCUCUCGCCGUGUUCUGUCCUCCCAGGACGUCACGUUUGACGAGUCGGUCCCCUACUACCGCCUCUUCCCCUACCGCACUCCGUCCCUCCCCCCGCCACCGCUCUUCCUUGUGCCAGGUCCCCCCCCGGUAGACCCCCUCCCCCCUCAGGGUCCUGCCCCUUCAGGUGUGUCCCAGGUAGACGCAGUCGAGCCUGUCGAGGUUACUGGUGACUCUGGUGCUGCUGAGGGUGCUGAGCCUGGGGGUGCUGACUCUGGGGGUGCUGAGCGUGUGGGUGCUACGCCUGGGGGUGCUGAGCCUGAGGGUGCUACUACUGGGGGUGCUGAGCCUGGGGGUGCUGAGCCUGGGGGUGCUACUACUGGGGGUGCUGAGCCUGGGGGUGCUGAGCCUGGGGGUGCUACGCCUGGGGGUGCUGAGCCUGGGGGUGCUACGCCUGGAGGUGCUGAGCCUGGGGGUGCGGAGCCUGAGGGAGCUGGGCCUGCUCGUGUGGCGUCUGGAGGUGCUGAGCCUGGAGGUUCUCCGGGUGCUUCGUCUCGGCGGGAGCCACUCUCUCCACAGGAGCUGCGAGAGUGGUUUGCCCGACGCUGGCGGCGUGCUGCUGGAGCUGGAGGUUCUUCGACUGCUGCGGGUGCUGGUGCCGCGGGUCCCGGAGGUGCUCGUACUGGGAGUACUGGAGCUGCUGGGCCUGCGGGUACGCCUGGAGCUGGAGCUGCUGAGGGUGUUGGCGCUGAGGCUACUGCUGUCGGUCCUGGAGGCGGUCCUACUGGGGGUGCUACUGGUGCUGCUGGAGGUAUAGGAGUUGGAGGUGCUGCUGGCGCUGGUGCUGCCGCUGGGGGUACUGGUGCUGUCCCUGCUGUGUCUGGAGUCGCCGCGCGGCCUCGGCCGUACUUCGUUCCGCUCCUUCAGCAGGUUCUUGGUCUCCCGCCUUCUACUGGUCCUCCUCCUCCCUUAGAGUGUCCACAGCCUGUCCCGUCCCAGUUACAGUUACAGCCGGCCUUCACACUGCCCGCUCCUUCUCCCUACACUGGUCCUACUGGAGGUCUGGCUGAGCGUCGUGAGCCUGCGUCUCGCCCUGCGUCGCCUGUCCGUCUUGCUCGCACUAGUGGCCGUGGUUUGCGUCAGCGUCCUCCUCCUGUCCCUGGCACGCACCGGAUGUCUCUGCGUCCGUCCACUGCUCCUCUGCGUGCCCCUUUGCCUUCUCCUCCUGAGUCCUCUCUUCCUGCUCUUCCCGACCCGGAGUCGGACUCUCUUCGUGCUGCCAGUCCUACUGUCACGCGUCUCCUUGCUACUGUCGUCACUGACCCUUCCUUUGAGUCCACUGCUGCGUCUGCCCUAGUUGCUGAGCUCGUCGACUUUGCUGCUCGCUGUCGUCUAGACUACGCUGCUAGUCUUGUCGUUGCGUCUGAGUCUGUCUGUCCUCCGUCCGUCGGGGGUGAGUGUGCCCUUGGCACGGACGUCCUUGAGGACAGGCAGGAGGAGUUCCAGUGUUUGGCUGCUGCUUCACCUCAUCUCGUGUCCUUACUGCUUACCCCUGAGGGAGACCCGGAUGCACUUGACAUCCCGACUCCGCGCUCUUACGCGGAGGCGAUAGAGGGUCCCUACUCCUCUCAGUGGCAGGCAGCUAUGGACACAGAGAUGGCUUCCUGGAAGUCCACAGGCACCUACGUUGACGAGGUUCCCCCGCCUGGGGCGAACAUCGUCAGUGGCAUGUGGAUUUUCAGGGUGAAGCGACCGCCGGGUUCUCCGCCUGUCUUCAAGGCACGUUACGUGGCUCGUGGCUUCAGUCAGCGGCAGGGAGUUGACUACUUUCAGACCUUCUCUCCCACCCCGGAGAUGACCACUCUUUGGGUACUGCUGCACAUAGCUGCUCACCGCGACUACGAGCUGCACUCUCUUGACUUCAGCACUGCUUUCUUGCAGGGCAGCCUGCACGAGGAGAUCUGGCUGCGUCGCCCACCUGGCUUCACUGGGUCUUUUCCUCCUGGCACCCAGUGGAGCCUCCGGCGGCCAGUCUACGGUCUCCGCCAGGCACCGCGUGAGUGGCACGACACACUGAGGACUACACUUGCGGCUCUUGGGUUUGCUCCCUCUACUGCCGACCCGUCGCUGUUUCUGCGCACCGACACUUCUUUGCCGCCGUUCUACAUCCUCGUGUACGUCGACGACUUGGUCUUUGCCACAGCUGACACUGCUGGACUCGCCCACGUGAAGUCCGAGCUGCAGAAGAGACACACGUGCACAGACCUGGGUGAACUGCGCAGCUACCUUGGCUUGCAGAUCACCCGGGACAGAGCACGCCGCACCAUUACCCUGACUCAGUCACACAUGGUGCAGCAGGUCCUUCAGCGCUUCGGCUUCACAGCUUGUUGGCUGCCUCAUGUACCUGAUGACCUGCACACGACCUGA